AUGCAAGAAGUCUCACAGGCGAGCCUGGCCCGCCUCUACCAACGGUUCCGGGCCCUGGAUAAGAAUAAGAAGGGGUACCUCUGCCGCGUGGAUCUCCAGCAGAUUGGGGCUCUGGCCGUCAACCCUCUGGGAGACCGCAUUAUAGACAGCUUCUUUCCUGAAGGGAGUCACAUCGUAGAUUUCCCAGGCUUUGCCAGAGUUCUGGCUCAUUUUCGUCCCGUAGAAGAGGAAGACACAAGGGUCCGGGAUGCCAAGGAACCAGAACCACUCAACAGCAGGAUGAACAAACUUCGCUUUGCCUUUCAGCUCUAUGACCUGGAUCGAGAUGGAAAGAUCUCCUGGGAUGAGAUGUUACAGGUUCUCCGGUUGAUGGUUGGGGUACAAGUGACAGAAGAGCAGUUGGAGAGCAUCACUGACCGCACGGUUCAGGAGGCUGAUGAAGAUGGGGACGGGGCGGUGUCCUUCUUGGAGUUUGUCAAGUCCUUAGAGAAGAUGAACAUUGAGCAAAAGAUGAGCAUCCGAAUCCUGAAGUGACUUUACUGUGCCUUUGGUGAGCUCAUGCUGCCUAGCAAUGGCUUGGGAGUUAUUCUCAGUCCCUACUGAGGCGGGACCCCAAUAAACUGUAUUUGUAUGUC